GGGAGGCUCAGGUGCGUGACUGGAAAACGGAGGGAGCCGAGGAGAUGCUCAGCAGUAAGAGGCAGAAGCAGCUCUGCUGUGUUUGACAUUGGACUACACUUAAAGGCAGCAUGAACCGCCUGUAACAGUAACUUGCAGCCGUGUUUUCUUGUCAUUCAGCGGGACUGAGCCGGUAACGUCCGGGUUGAGAUCUACGUGAGGUUGCACUGCCGCACCCUGCUCAGCGAUUGUAAAGAUGGUGCGACCUUGAAAUCUGAGGGAAGGAAGGACGAGUAAGAAGAAAGGAAGAUAAUAAUCAUCCAUUUUCUAAACCUCCUCUGUGCCAUAAGCACCUGCCAUGGAGAGGAGCAGUGCAUCUUGGACAAGUAAUAACCUGUGACGGCUCAACUUAAGAAACUUGAGAUCUGCUUCUCCUUCGUUAUCUUCUCUGACCAAGAUGAUGCUUUGGCUGCUGCUAGCUCUGGCCACUUGGGUGGGACCUCAUCAAGCUGACACCGCCCACUCCAAUGAACGGCGAGUUGUAGCACACAUACCUGGUGACAUCAUCAUUGGAGCCUUGUUCUCUGUCCAUCAUCAGCCUCCUGCUGACAAGGUACAUGAGCGGAAGUGUGGUGCAGUGCGAGAGCAGUAUGGCAUCCAGAGGGUGGAGGCUAUGAUGCACACACUUGACCGCAUUAACAAUGACCCAUACAUCCUUCCCAACAUAAGCCUGGGCUGCGAGAUCCGAGACUCUUGUUGGCACUCAGCCGUGGCUCUUGAGCAGAGCAUUGAGUUCAUACGGGAUUCACUGGUGUCCUCUGAUGAGGCUGAGGAGUGGGGUGGAGGACUUUCUUGGGGAGGAGGAGGAGGAGGAGGAGGAGGUGGAGGUGGAGGAGCAACAACAACAAUGAAGUGUGCAGACCCCUCUGCCACUCCAAUGCGUGGAAAGAAACCUAUUGUGGGUUUGAUUGGACCUGGGUCAAGCUCAGUGGCCAUCCAGGUCCAGAACCUUCUACAGCUCUUCAACAUACCACAGAUUGCCUAUUCUGCUACCAGUAUGGACCUCAGUGAUAAGAGCCUGUAUAAGUACUUUAUGCGGGUAGUGCCUUCAGAUGCCCAGCAGGCAAGAGCUAUGGUGGACAUUGUCAAGAGAUACAACUGGAGCUAUGUGUCUGCUAUACACACUGAAGGCAACUAUGGUGAAAGUGGCAUGGAAGCUUUCAAGGACAUGGCAGCCAAGGAGGGCAUUUGUAUUGCCCAUUCUGGCAAAAUCUGGAGCAAUGCUGGAGAGCACAGCUUUGACCGGCUGCUGGAGAGACUGAGGGCCCACCUGCCCAAGGCCAGAGUGGUGGCAUGUUUUUGUGAAGGCAUGACUGUCCGCAACAUCCUCAUGGCCAUGAGACGCCAGGGACUGGUUGGAGAGUUCCUGCUCAUUGGCAGUGAUGGAUGGGCAGACAGGUAUGAUGUGACAGACGGUUAUGUUCGGGAAGCAGCUGGAGGUAUAACCAUCAAGCUCCAGUCGGCUGAUGUGAAAUGGUUUGACGAGUACUACCUUAAACUUCGUCCAGAAAACAACAUCAGGAACCCUUGGUUUCCAGAGUUCUGGCAGCAUCGCUUUCACUGUCGACUUAAAGGCCACCCACAGGAGAACAUCAAGUUCAACCGCACCUGUAGCAAGCGAGAGUCACUCCGGCAGCAGUAUGCACAGGACACCAAGAUGGGCUUUGUCAUUAAUGCCAUCUACUCAAUGGCAUAUGGCCUGCAUAAUAUGCAGCGGGCACUCUGCCCAGGCUAUCAGGGCCUCUGUGAUGCCAUGCGGCCUAUAGAUGGUGCUAGGCUGCUGGACUUCCUGAUGAAAACUAACUUCACAGGCGUGUCAGGGGAGGGAAUCCUAUUUGAUGAGAAUGGAGACUCACCUGGCAGGUAUGAAAUAAUGAACUUUAAGAAGAUGGGGAAGGACUACUAUGACUACAUUAACGUUGGCAGUUGGGACAACAGAGGCUUGAAGAUAGAUGAUGAUGAAAUCUGGCCCAACAAAGAUACGACGAUCAAGUCAGUCUGCAGUGAACCCUGUGACAAAGGACAGAUUAAGGUGAUCCGUAAAGGGGAGGUGAGCUGUUGCUGGACGUGCACUCCCUGUAAAGAAAAUGAGUUUGUGUUUGAUGAGUACACCUGUCGAGCCUGUGAGCUGGGCUCCUGGCCUACUUAUGACCUCACAGGCUGUGACCCAAUCCCAGUUGAAUACCUGCGGUGGGGCGACCCUGAACCCAUUGCCGCGGUGGUCUUCGCCUGCCUCGGUCUCAUGGCCACAUUCUUUGUCACCGCCGUCUUCAUCAGGUUUCGGGACACCCCAGUGGUGAAGUCAUCCAGCAGAGAGCUGUGCUACAUCAUACUGGCAGGGAUCUGUUUGGGUUACCUGUGUACCUUCACCCUCAUAGCUAAACCGCACGUCAUCCACUGUUACCUCCAACGACUGGGAAUAGGCCUAUCACCCGCCAUGAGCUACUCUGCGCUUGUUACUAAGACAAACCGCAUUGCUCGGAUCCUGGCAGGCAGCAAGAAGAAAAUCUGUACAAAGAAACCUCGCUUUAUGUCUGCCUGUGCUCAGCUCAUCAUUGCCUUCCUCCUCAUUCUGCUGCAGCUGGGCAUCAUCGUCGCCCUCUUCCUCAUGGAGCCACCUCGUGUGAUCCAUGACUACCCCAGCAUCCGCCAGGUCAACCUCAUUUGCAACACCACUAACCUGGGUGUAGUGGCUCCACUGGGGUACAAUGGCCUUCUGAUCCUCAGCUGCACCUUCUAUGCCUUUAAGACCCGCAACGUCCCGGCUAAUUUCAAUGAGGCAAAGUACAUUGCCUUCACUAUGUACACCACCUGUAUCAUCUGGCUGGCCUUUGUACCCAUCUACUUUGGAUCCAACUACAAAAUCAUCACCAUGUGCUUCAGUGUCAGCCUCAGUGCCACUGUGGCUCUGUGCUGUAUGUUCGUACCCAAGGUGUACAUCAUUUUAGCCAAACCAGAGCGGAACGUGCGCAGUGCCUUUACCACUAGCACAGUGGUGCGCAUGCACGUGGGUGAUGGCAAAUCCUCCUCAGCAGCCAGCCGUUCUUCUAGUCUGGUUAACCUGUGGAAACGUAGAGGCUCUACUGGAGAGACUCUCAGCUCCAACGGUAAAUCUGUAUCUUGGGCGCAGACGGAGCGGAGCAGUUCACGUGGCAACCACCUGUGGCAGCGGCUGUCCUUCCACAUCAAGAGAAAGGAGAAUAAUCAGACUGCCGUCAUCAAGCCCUUCUCCAAAACCUCUGAGGAGCGUUACUGUGGUGGGGGUGACUUGCCCCCUCAUGUUCCCCUUCCCUCCCUCCCAUCCAUGUCCUCCCUGCCCACUCAUCCCGACUCUGGCGCAGACAAGACUCUGUAUGACCUCUCUGAAGCAGAGGAGCGCUACUCCCUGACAUAUCGGCCGCAGACACCUUCGCCAAUCAGCACGGUCAGCCAGAGGCUAGGGGCGGGAUUCGGGGAGGAACCUCACAUGUCUGGCAUUCCCACGUACACAAGCAGCAUUUGUAGCGGCGGCAGUGGCAGCGGCAGCGGCAGCAGUUGUGGUCGUGCCAGCAGUGGAUCUGUCGUCACUGGGAGUGACGGACGUCUGGUGAUUGUGGACGAUUACACAGUGCGGCCCCAGAGUUCACUGAUGGAUCAGAUCAGCUGUGUAGUGAAUCGCUUCACAGCCAACAUCACCGAGCUCAACAGCAUGAUGCUUUCACCCUCACCAACUCACUCACACUCAAACAAACACACACCUCCUUCUCCUCAGCCCACCGACCCGUAUCUGCUACCCCGCGAGCUCCAGAUGGCCCCAACCCUUACCACAUUCGCCGAUGUCCAGCCUCUCCCAUCCGGUGGCUGCCUCGCACACCCCAUUCCUCCUUCACCUUACCCACUGCCACCUCCUCACUCCCAGGCCUCCCCCUCUCUCUCCCCCAUGCGAGGAGGCCUGGUCGGCUGCCUGAGCAACUCCCCUAUGAGAAGGGGAGAGUUGGACGAGGAGCUUAUUGCUUUGACUCCUCCGUCGCCCUUCCGUGACUCUCUGGCGUCCAGCAGUGGCUCACCUGUCUCAGAGACAGAUCUGUGUCUCCCCCCAGUCCCCUCCCAUCCUCCCCCCUCUCCUCCUUCGCCCAGGUUUAGCAGGCUCACACUCAGAAACUACAGCCAGAGUUCAUCCUCACUGUGAGGCAGAGACGACAAGUUAUGAAAACGCAUAAGUGAAGAGGAGCAUCCAAAAACAGCAGGUCUUACAGAGGAGAGAGAGGACAGAUGGAUUGAAAUCCAUUAGUCCCUACAUGCAGUAAAAAACCUGAAGUAGAGGAGUCAUGGAGCACUGGUUGGUGAUUGAACCAAGCUGUGUUUGUGUUUACAUGUUGACAGUGAGAUGUAAGUGUAAGAGGCUUUGUCAUGUUGUGUUUUCUUAGCACUGUCUCUCACACGUCAGGCCAGGAGAACUGCAAAAACAGCCCCUACAACUUUGCAGUGGAUCGGUGUCUGUAAAGCCACAAAUCAUUCUCGUAGGCUAUGGAUCGUUGAGGUUUGGCUCGUGGCCUUAAGGUAACAUGGCUGUCCACUAAUUAGAGACUGUGAAUAUGUGUGUGUUUGAUUGUGUGCGUGUGUGUGUGUGCGUCAGUUUGUACUGUUACUCAGUUUAAUGGCGACAUGACUUGAGAUAAUGAGGCGAGGAGCCUAACAUCCAUAUGGAGGCUAUCAUGGACACGUAUAUAUCUACACUCACACAAAUAGAAAUAUUAGGGAACAAUGUUGUAUAUACUGAGAGGUUGUGGAUUUUUGUAAAUGAUGAAAUCCAACAUGCUUCUGACUAAAGUGCAUUGUGUUAACAUACCAGAGUGUAUGUUAUUCUGAAGAACUGUCUCACAAAAGCAUCUUCUGACUCAUUCACUUCCCCAGUCUGUUCCCUCUGCUUAGCUUUCUUUUCCUCAAUCCCUCUUUUCCUCUCGCUGUUGUCUCCUUUUUUUUGUUCUGCCAGUAUUUCAGUAUUUUCUACUCUCCCGGUGUGUUUUACUUCAGAAGUUUGAAUGUAUAUUUUCUACAUAAUUCCUGAAGCGGUCGGGACCAAACCUUUUUGUACCUCUCAGCCUGUGUCAUGAGAAAGAGGGGAGGGGAAGGGGUGGUGAUGGCGGGUCGGUGGGGAGGUCCAGCCUUUUCAGUAAAAUUUUAAGCAUCAUUGGAAGGAAUCUGACCUCAUAGCUGAUGGUUAGUGUUUUAACAUUAUAUUAUAACAUUUAAAGGAGUGUUUGUAAGGCUCGGCUGGAUACCAGUCAUGACAUUUUAUCUCGUUGUGUCCCUCGCUUUCAUCAAAAAAUGGUUCCAAUGCCAUUAAUUGGAAUCGCAAUCAUCUCUACUGUUAGCGGGCGUAGACUGACAGAUUCACGCUGGGAGAGAGCCUCGUCAACCUCGACCAGAGUCAUCUGUCGUGCAGGUGCUAGGAACCUUUCAAAGGUCUCCACUCUUUUCACACACAAAAAAAGAGGUUCAAAAGCUAAGGAGGUUCACCAAUUGAAACUCAAACUUCUUAGUUUCCCGAGACAAACCUGGUAGCAAAUAACUGACAUCCAGUUUAGCCAAUGAAAAUGCUCACGCACAUGAAAACCAUACAUAUCUUAACUCUGUUACAAAACUGAGAGAGAGAGAGAUGAGAAGAUUGAGAUUCGCACGACUCUUCUAUCUGUCAGGUGAAAACCUUAAAGUCUCAGGUCUGCUGACAUGUUAAUUAUUGAGCUAUCGAGGUGCUGGUGGGCAGAAAAGACAGAGCCAAGUUCAUUAUUUCCCUCUCCUUCGAGUGUUUAUGCUAAGCCAACUUGCUGCUGGCUGCAGCUUUAUAUUAAAUGGAUGGACUUGACAGUGAUAUUGAUCUUCAUUUCACUCACAGCAAGAAAGCAGAUCCAUUCUAUUGCUUUAAAGUACGGUUUGGCAUCGUGAGACUAAUCGCUUAUUCCCUGGAUUGGAAAAACUGUUGGGAGUAAUCCAGGUGGUAAUACUUUUCUGUAGUAGUUUUUUUGGCCAAGUCACUUAGUAGUAUGUACUGCAAGUGGUUUUUAAGGAGGCAUGGAUUUGUUUAUAUGGAGAAAAUGACUUUAUAUUAUUGAGAGUAGAGAGUCCAGAAUACAUCAAGUUUCACAUUUUUGGUUGAAACCCUUAUGAAUGGCAUAUUGUGCUUUCUCGUGCCAACACUGAAACAGAGUUUGAGAGUACUCGUCAUUGUACUGGGAUCUCAAAUGUGCCAAUGAAUGCAUUCACUAAGAUGCUUUUGAGAAAUUGGACCUUGACCUUGUGUCGGCUCCGUCCACAGCAGAAAACACUGGGCAAGUUAAAAAAAAAAUAAACUACUACUACUACUACUACUACUACUACUAAACUAAGAAUCUGGAGAAGGUUUUCUGUGGCAAAGACAUGGCUUGAUAUAUCGAAUUGAAGUGGAAAAUCAUUGGGCCGUUGUUUGUUCACAAGAACAAAGCGUUACCUUUCCAUCAUGCUCUCCAUGUUUUUUUUUAAUGUAAUGUAGUAUUUCUGCUCUACAGUAGCCAGCAAGAACAAACUCAGACAAAGUGAUUCUGUAAAUAAUAAGGGCAUGCAAUUCUGUUUUGUUUCAGAGUACAUUUAUUUGCAGGUGAAAAAAGAAAAAAAUAUCUGUUUUUGAACUAUGGUAUGACAUACGGUACCAAUAUGUGUUACGACUACAGAAACUGUGUUACUACUCUGAAUGUGUGAGUAUUGACUAUUCCUAUUCAAAUGUCCUGUAAUUCAACACUGUAAUAAUUAAUAUGAAUAUAAUUAUUGUGCCAAAGGGGUUAGAGAGGGUAUAGUUUAAUAGUGUGUUUCUUAAAAAAACAAGUAAAUGUAAAACUGUUUAUAUUGUUUUGGAUAUUUUCUAUACUAUAUAAUUACUCCACAUUUCCAGUGUAAAAGCAAUAUUAUCCAUAUGUAUACAAGGUGCACAUCUGAGGGGUUUCUUAAAUGAGUUUUCUUUUUUUCUAAAAAACUACAGUAUAUUUAAAGAAAUGGAGAUAUUUAUUAUUGUCUAGUUGCCAUAAAGUUGUGAUUCCCUAUUUUUCUUUUGCAGUCCUUGAGGGCAUGUAGUCCCUUUCUUGGUCCAGUCUCUGAUUUAAAGAAUCCAAUCAAGUGUGAAGGCAUGGGUGCAGGGAAGUUACCUUUUAACUUGUACUUGAGGCUUGUUUUUGUUGGUCUCUGCGAUUUAAAGUGAGAUAAUUCAUUUCUUCUUGGUGUAAAAAGUGAAUACGCACAAUCGACAUCUUAGGUAUAACUGUACCUAUAAUUAUACUAUUUAAGUUGUUCAUAUGUGUACUCAUAACUGGCCUCUAUCAUCAAGUUCUUUCUGUGCACCUCAACAUCUAUUUGUGUUUAUCUGGGGUGCCGAUCAGAAAGAGGGAACAAAAACCGUGAAACUUUUGAAUUGUUUCCGGGGAUAAGCUGUUUUUUUAUGUGCUGCUGCUGUCAUUGAAAGUGUUUGUAACAUGCUGGGAGCUUGCUUCAGCAUUUCAGCUCCCUGUUAUCAGGCUUCUUGGUGAGACUCCUGCUGCCUCUGCAGAAAGAGACAGAAUCAGUGCUCACACGAACUGCUGUCUUACUCGACGCGCGCAGUCCUGUGACGUCACCUUGUAUCAUGAUCACACCACUAAGAGCAUACGAUGUAGUCAUUAAACAACACAGAUUAACAAGGAAUGGAAUAUUCAAACUGAUGUUAUACUGAAAAAAGAGUAUUUGGUUUGUUGUUGACACAUAGAACCAAAACCAAAUGACAUGAAAAAUAAUCUGUGGAUUGUAAAUGUAUUGCCCAGGGUGGACCACACUUUAGGCCCCAUGUCAGCUGGGAUUGGCACCAGCGACCCCCAUGUGGAGAUGGAUCUAUUGUUAUAAUUUAAAGAACUCCGAUUUCUUGCAUUUUGAUUAAUCUGAGAUUUUCCACACCUGGAUGUAAUUUUUCUGAUUUGGAAACGUAAUGCAAAACACUUUCACGCAGGGAAAAGUCACUACAAGCCACAACAAGCUCCCACCACGUUAUAAUCUUCCCUUCACAUUCUCGCCAAAAACACGAUGAUUACAAAUAUGAUGAGGAUAAUGAUGAUGAUGAUGAGUUAAGUCUUAUGCUCACCAGGAAGAUGAUCUCCAGAUGACGUCCAUGCUGUCCGUUCACGUACUUUCAUAAAUGCACUCUAAAGAAUUGGAUUGAUAAUCCCUGCUCUCAAAAAUCCAGACAUGUUUAUUUGCUGAUAGAAGGAAAACAGAACCAAGGUCAUUGAUUUUAAAGCCUCUGAAUAGAAAUUUGAACAGUAAAGGCUUUUACCCAGGCUUUUCCUGCUUCCAGUUUAUCUUCAGAUAAAACGAAAACGGGGUUGUUUUUGUUUAGAGUUUAGAUUUUGUGGUGCUACGUACUGGAUUUACGGCCUGUCAUCCUUAACGGGGGAUUAAAGGUGACCCUGACAUCUCUGUGGGGUCAUCUCUGUUUGUGUAAUGAUGAUGAUUAUGAACACUGAAUUAUGAUUAUGAUUGUGGGUCUAACUCAGUUGAUAAUUAAUAGUUUCUUAUGUUUUAACAACUUAAAUAGAAUUGGUAAAUCAGAAGAUAUUUGAUGGGCCAGAGGUAGGUAAGAUUGAGUCUUGAGGAAGAUUUCACAUGAAUUUGGAUUCUGUUCUUUGUUUUGUUCCUUAGAGGUCCGAUGAAAGCGAUGCACGUCCCUAAGAAAAUAAUGGUUAUUUAGAAUUAAGGCUUUAAUAAAUAUAAGAAUGGCAUAACCAAAUCAGUGGAUACAAAUAAUGCUCCGACUGACUUAAAACUUAACUUUCUUAAAUCUAUCUGACCUAUUAUGGAGGAACUAAUGGCAUUUUGACCCUUCGGCAUUUUUCCAAACAAAAACAUAUCGAUGUCCCGAGUAUGAAAUGUCCGACAGGCUUGGAUGAAUCCAGAGGGGUGAAGAGUAGAUGUUUUAAAAAUGAUUAAUAGUAUUUUUGUACGUUUGUCCAAAGCUGCUGAUUUGAAUGUCGCUUUUUAUAGCCAAGUAAAGGGCAUAUGUGUUUUAAUAUGUGGUUGUUUCCUCGGCCAAUAGAGUAACACGACUGAUUUUAGGUCCGUGCGUGUUACGGUAUACAUCGCAGAGGAGGCGGAGUUGUGAUUAAGAAGUUGGAUUCUGUAUUGCAUUGAUUAUAGGUCAGAGAAAAGAGUGUGUGCUUAUUUAUUUUGACUUGAGGAGUUUUGUAGAAGUGUAACUUAUUAAGCAGGUCUGUGUGCGUCUGUACGACGGUUUUGGUUUUUUUUGCAGACGGAUUAGGCAAGAAUUUUCAGUAUUGUAUAUUGAUGGUUUGUGAAAUAUAUUUAGAUAAGCCAGUCUACAACUAUGAUAUUACUCCAUAUGACACGGGCGUUCAUGAUUAUCGAAGAAAUAAAUGAUUUUAUGCUUUUCACAUCGCUUCUAUAUGUAGAUCGUCCUCUUUUGAUCACUGCUGUGGACGCAAACAGAAUCCAUACCUUUAAUUCUCAUGAUCUUUGAGCAGCGUGGUGGAGAUAACUAUGAGGAGACGAAUGUUGCCUCUAGAUGGGAAGUAAAAAUUUUUACUGCUGACCUGAGAUAACGGUGUUUAAUCACAGAAAUCUUAUGUCGAGGUUUUUUAGGCAGCUAAUCUGUUUAUAAAUUAUGGGUUAUUUCUCAAUCUCUUUACAGCCCCAAACUUUAACUCAGCCCAUAUUUAAUGGACAUUGUCUUCUGGUUUCCUCUCUGAAACCAACCGAGAAGUAGCGAUAUAUUUCAUUGCCACCAGGGGGCGAGUGCUUGCACAAGGAACUUCAUUUGAAUGGAAGUUUGUUGCGGGAAAGGCAAAUUCUCACUUGAGUUAUAACUUCAGUAAACAUUUCCAUCAGGUUAUUGUAUCAUUUGCCAGUUGCAGGUCUUCAAUAGAUCAUAAUGUCAAUUUUGUGAAUGUUUGUCCCAUUUAGAGGACUGGACACCAGUGUGAUUGACAGCUGGUAUUAACCAAUAGGAGCCUGGUUGCAGGUAACGCCUCUGACCUUAGAGUCUUAAGAGUUCAGACUCAGAGUUCCGAUUUAAAUUCAAAAGUAGUUAUUCUCCCCUGGCACAAAUGAACAAUUAUUAAAAUC